AUGAAUGAUAGUAUACCAGUUGAUGGUCAAUAUUGGUGGUCAAAUGUGAGACAAGCUGUGAGAUUUUAUGAUGCUAUAGCAGCAAUUAUAAAAGAUGAAGUAGCAAAUGUUUUUCUUGAAAUUUCACCACAUCCAGUUUUAGGUACAUCUAUUCGCGAAUGUUAUGAAUUAACAAAGCAACAACAACAAUCAUCACCACUUAUUCUUCCAACAUUAAAACGAAAAGAAGACGAACAAAUAAUAUUACUUACUAGUUUAGCACAACUUACAACAUCAUCUCAUGUAUGGAAACAAUAUUUUCAUAUUCGUCAAAUUUUACCUUCAUGUUGGUAUGAAUCAAAAGAUUCAUCUAUACAACGUUCAGCUAAUCGUAUAUCUACUCACCCAUUGUUUGGUAUUCGUCAAUUAAAUGAUCAAACAAAUCAUAAAAUUCAAGAUGCAAUUCUUUUCCCAGCUGUUGCUUAUCUUGAACUUGCAACAGCUGCUUGCCAUCAAUUACUUUCAUCAAAAAAAGAUGAUCAAGAACAACAACCAACACUUAUUUUUGAAGACGUAAACUUUAUUAAAGCACUUAUUCUUAAUGAACAUAAAUUAAUAGAAGUAUUUACACAAAUAAUUAUGCCAAUGCGUGAAUGGUAUAUUAUAUUUUGUAAUCAAGAUAAUCUUAAUAAAUAUUCAUUAAAUGAAUUUACUUUACAUGCUCAAGGUAAAAUUGAAAUAGAUUUUAAACAACAAAAAUCAUUAACAAUACCUGAUAGAUGGACAAUACAACAUAUAACAAGUGCUUAUGAACAUCUUUCAACAUGCGGUUAUCAAUAUGGAUCUAAAGAUAACAAUAAUUGUUCAUCUUAUUAUCUACUUCAUCCAUAUCUAGUUCUAUUACCAGGUGUUGAAACAGCAUUUCUUCCAGUACGUAUUCAAAAACUUAUUUAUUCAAGUAAAACAAAAGCAAAGAUGAAUCAAUCAACAAAUAUCGAAGUAUGUGGAAACUAUUAUGAUAAUAUAUGUGGUAUAGAUCAAGAAGAAAUAUAUAAUCUUGAUUUUUGGACAUUUCCAAUGGAGAAUAAAACCGAAGAACCAAUAUUUACAUUUGAAGGUGCUGUUAUUCAACAAGUUCAAGGUGUACAAUCUGGUCGAUGGUCAAUGGAAAAAACAAUUUAUGAUAAAUUAAAUUUAACAACUGAUUUACCUAAUACUGAUUAUAAAACAUAUUUAGAUACAAUUGUAAAAGAUUAUUGUAUGAAAAGAGUAUGGACUGAUGCACCAAUCAUAAAAGAUAAAUCAGGUUUACUUCCAUCACCUAAUCAAAUUCUUAAUAAUCAACUUAAUUCUAUUAGUAAUCAAGAUUUAAUUGAACCAAUCGAACCAUUUAAUGAAUUAGCUACGUAUUAUGCUCAAAUGGCAAUAAAAGAUCUUGAUUUAAAUCAACAACAGCAUCCAUUAUUGAAUGCAUGUCGUUCUCUUGCUUCAACUUUGCAUUCAGAACAAGUAACAUGGCAUUCAACACAUCUUCGUCUUAUUCAAUUAAUUGAACGUUUUCCUCGUUUAGAACCAUUUUUAAUCAUAUUAAAUAAACAUGGUUUACAUUUAAAAGAUAUUCUUAAUGGAGAAGAAAAUGGUUCAGAUAUAUUUUUUGGUGAUGAUGAUGAAAUUGAGCGAAAUUUUCAACAAAAUAUUAUUUGUUCUUCAAUACCAGUUCUAUUAACUAAUUAUAAACAAGCAUCUAUUAAUUUUGCAUGGCAACUUGAUCAAACAUCACUUAACGAAAAUAAUGAUGAUUUAGCAUUUCAACAAAAUGAAGAACUUAUAUGUGGAACAUUAUCACGUAUUCUUCAAACAAUUUAA